CUCAUGAGGCGUUGUGAGCAGCAGCAGCGUGGGGCUCAUUGAACUCACUCUAACAAUCACUCCAAUCGAUUAACCGAAGUAAAAAAGACCCUCAGAUGGUCCUCGUGUGUCGGUCACUGGAGGCCUGUUGUUAGUUUCCGUGGUGGCUGAGAAACAGCUCCUCCUCACGUCAGAGCCAACUGGAGGAAACGACACGAGAGGACAUGGAGGCUGCUCGAGGCAACAAGCCGAGACACAAUGUCCUGAUGGAGAACAUCCGAACACGUCUUACAUUUGGAAAUAAAGUCGAAGAUGUGAAACUGAGGAAACGGAAAUCCCAACUGUACUCAAAGGAAGAUGAAAGUCCUCUUAAUGACGGUGAGCUGAGAACCAGAGUUGUUGUGUUUUCUGUGGCAUUCAGGGUCAUCAACUGCUUCCUGGUUCAAACCAGCUUCGUCCCUGAUGAGUACUGGCAGUCUCUGGAGGUGUCCCAUCGUAUGGUCUUCGAUUAUGGGUAUGUGACCUGGGAAUGGAAGGAAGGACUAAGAGGAUUCACCUAUCCACUCUUCUUUGCAUUCAUAUACAAGUUAUUAUACUUCAUAAACUACGACUCAGUCCAUCUCCUGAUAUGGCUUCCACGAAUAAUUCAAGCACUAUUCGCUGCGUUUGCCGAUGUAAAAUUCUUCUUCCUCAUCCGAAGGUUGGAAGGUUGUGACGUUGCAAAAUGGACGUUCUUCUGCCAUAUGUGCUCGUGGUUCUCAUGGUACUGCUGCACCAGGACUCUGACCAACAGCAUGGAGACCACCAUCACCUGUCUGGCACUUUCUUACUUUCCACUGCCUGGAUCCCAAACACACAGCAGCAAAAUAUAUUUAACCCUGGUCGCCUUGGCAGUCGUCGUCCGACCGACAGCCCUGAUUGUCUGGUUUCCUCUGGUGAUGUACCAUUUCUGGCUGGAAACUAACAAACUGAAGCUCAUCACUCUCAACUUAGUUCCGAUAGGAGCUUUGGCUGUCGUGAUUUCAACAGUGAUCGACUGUAUAUUUUAUGAAAAGUGGACCAUGGUGCAGUUCAACUUCCUGAAGUUUAACGUCUUCCAUAGUGUAGCAGACUUCUACGGCUCUCAUCCCUGGCACUGGUACUUCACUCAGGGGUUUGCAGUUGUGAUUGGCCCUCACUUUCCGCUCUUCCUUCAUGGGUGCAGCAUCGCCUACAAAAGAUACACAAUCCUGUUGGCAGUGGUCGUCUGGACAAUCGGAGUUUACAGUUUGCUUCCUCACAAGGAGUUCAGAUUCAUCUAUCCGGUGCUGCCUUUCUGUAUGAUCUUCUGUGGGAUUUCUUUGGCUAAUUUGAAAACGUGGCGACGAACUGCUGCAUUCAUCCUGUUAGUGAGCAACCUGGUUGCAGCGCUGUACACCGGCCUGGUCCACCAGAGAGGCCCUCUGGUCGUCAUGGGCUACCUCCAGACCCUGUGUGACGUCAGCAGCACCUCCACCCCUCCGCAGCCAGAUGUCCUCUUCCUCAUGCCAUGCCACUCAACUCCCUAUUAUAGCCAUGUCCACUGCCCGAUGAAGAUGAGGUUUCUCGAAUGUCCUCCAGAUCUUGGAGAAGAGGGCUACGUUGAUGAAGCCGACAGGUUCUACGACGAUCCUCUCCACUGGCUCAGAACUUCAUUUCCAUACAAAUCUUUUCUACCGACCCAUCUGGUUUUGUUUGAUGUUUUGGAGAAGGAUAUCUCCGUAUUUCUGCAAGGAAAUAAGUUUGUGAGGACAGCAGAGAUAUUUCAUACUCACUUUCCAGAGGGAAGAGUUGGAGGAAGCAUCUUUAUUUAUGAAAGGCACUGACAAACACAGGAGCAAUGGCAAGUUUCUGUCCUAAAUGAGAAUGUCACUUGGUAUGGAUUUUCUACUGUAAUAAAUAUUGUAAUAACUCCGUUAUUUUGAAAUACCAAUUGUCAGAUGAGUCAAAUGUGUAACACCAACUGUAUUUAUCUUCACAACUAAAUUUGGUGACAUCA